CUCUGGCCCUGGAGCUGCUGCUGCUGCUGCUGCUGCUUUUGCUUUUGGGGCUGAGUUUAAUAAGCGAGCGAGCGAGCGAGCAAGCGAACGCGGGGGGCAAAAGGCAGAGAAUGUCCGCCAUCUACCCUCCGCUCCUGGGCGCGCUCUCAUUCAUAGCAGCCUCUUCAUGAAUUACAGCUGAGGGGGGCGGGGGAGGGGGGUACCACACAACACCCCAGCAAACCUCCGGGCCCCCAGGCAUGGCUAGCUCGUGUGCCGUGCAGGUGAAGCUGGAGCUGGGGCACCGCGCCCAGGUGAGGAAAAAACCCACCGUGGAAGGCUUCACCCACGACUGGAUGGUGUUCGUGCGCGGGCCGGAGCACAGUAACAUACAGCACUUUGUGGAGAAAGUCGUCUUCCACUUGCACGAAAGCUUUCCUAGGCCAAAAAGAGUGUGCAAAGAUCCACCUUACAAAGUAGAAGAAUCUGGGUAUGCUGGUUUCAUUUUGCCAAUUGAGGUUUAUUUUAAAAACAAGGAAGAACCUAAGAAGGUUCGUUUUGAUUAUGACUUAUUCCUGCAUCUUGAAGGCCAUCCACCAGUGAAUCACCUCCGCUGUGAAAAACUUACCUUCAACAACCCCACAGAGGAGUUCAGAAGAAAGUUGCUGAAGGCAGGAGGGGACCCCAACAGGAGUAUCCAUCCCAGCGGCAGCAGCAGCAGCAGCAGUUGUAGCAGCAGCAGCAGCAGCAGUAGCAGCAGCAGCAGCAGCAGCAGCAGUAGCAGCAGCAGCAGCAGCAGCAGCAGUAGCAGCAGUAGCAGCAGCAGCAGUUUUUCCAAGCCUCACAAAUUAACGAAGGAGCACAAGGAAAAACCUUCUAAAGACUCCAGAGAACAUAAAAGUGCCUUCAAAGAACCUUCCAGGGAUCACAACAAAUCUUCCAAAGAAUCCUCUAAGAAACCCAAAGAAAAUAAACCACUGAAAGAAGAAAAAAUCGUUCCUAAGAUGGCCUUCAAGGAACCGAAACCCAUGUCGAAAGAGCCAAAACCAGAUAGUAACUUACUCACGAUCACCAGUGGACAGCAAGAUAAGAAGGCUCCUAGUAAAAGACCCCCCAUUUCAGAUUCUGAAGAACUCUCAGCCAAAAAAAGGAAAAAGAGUAGCUCAGAGGCUUUAUUUAAAAGUUUUUCUAAUGCGCCACCACUGAUACUCACUUGUUCUGCUGAUAAAAAACAGAUAAAAGAUAAAUCUCAUGGCAAGAUGGGAAAGGUCAAAAUUGAAAGUGAGACGUCAGAGAAGAAGAAAUCAACUUUACCGCCAUUUGAUGAUAUUGUGGAUCCCAAUGAUUCCGACGUGGAGGAGAAUAUGUCCUCUAAAUCUGAUUCUGAACAACCCAGUCCUGCCAGUUCCAGCUCCAGCUCCAGCUCCAGCUUCACACCAUCCCAGACCAGGCAACAAGGUCCUUUAAGGUCUAUAAUGAAAGAUCUGCAUUCCGAUGACAAUGAGGAAGAAUCAGAUGAGGCAGAGGAUAAUGACAAUGACUCCGAAAUGGAGAGACCUGUAAAUAGAGGAGGCAGCCGAAGUCGCAGAGUUAGCUUAAGUGAUGGCAGUGAUAGUGAAAGCAGUUCUGCUUCCUCACCCCUACAUCACGAACCGCCACCACCCUUAUUAAAAACCAACAACAACCAGUUACAGUUCAACUGCAAUUUCUUUGUGACUGCAGGCCCAACCUCAUCAUCCAUUACAGACUGGCCAUUCAAGGAGAUUCUUGAAGUGAAAAGUCCAAUAAAGCAAAGCAAAUCAGAUAAGCAAAUAAAGAAUGGUGAAUGUGACAAGGCAUACCUAGACGAACUGGUAGAGCUUCACAGAAGGUUGAUGACACUGAGGGAAAGACACAUUCUUCAGCAGAUUGUGAACCUUAUAGAAGAAACUGGACACUUUCAUAUCACAAACACAACAUUUGAUUUUGACCUUUGCUCACUGGACAAAACCACAGUCCGUAAACUACAGAGUUACCUGGAAACAUCUGGAACAUCCUGAGGCUACAACAACUGGAUGCAUCAAAAACUCUGGUUUUUUUUGGUUUUUUUUUUUUGGUUGUGAUUUUUUUUUCUUGUUUGUUUAUAUGGAAACACUCAGAAUGAUGCAACCAAAAGGGAAAAAAUAAAAAGCAAACAACCUUCAGCUUUAUUUUUCUUUAAAGCCAGUCAUCAUCUCUUGAUAAAGGAGAGGUUAAGCAAACCAGCCUCAGCGGACCACUCUUCUCUCCAAGGAAAUCCCCGGGAAGAGUUAGCCUGGAUAGCCUUGAAAACAAACAGAUCAAAUACAACACGAGAAAACUUAAAGAAUGUGUAUGGUAUCAUGUAUCUCUCUCUGUGGCGGUUCAUUCCACAGGACGAAUGCAUAUUCAACACACUGCCUUAUUACAUAACUGAUCUAUUUAUUAUCGCAUACAGAUAUUCUAGAGUUGUUGAGGGAAUGACACCACAAGACAUUCUAAGUACUCGGUCCCGUGGAUGCUCUUUCAAUGCAGCGCCCUUGCCAUCCCAAGCCCAGUGACCUUACUCGUAUACCGUGCCACUCUCCACCAACUUUUUCCAAGUCCCUUAACUUGUUGCAGUCUGUAUUUUCCACCUUGUUUUUCCAGUCCCAGGACACAAAUGAUCAACUGGGGGGACCAAAUAGCCACCCUGAUUUUCUUCUUUGUGGUCUUUUUCCUGAAAGUUGGGGCCCAGUCCUUGGCUGUAUCCAUAUAAUGAUCUUGGACCAUGGUUAGAAAACGCACCAAAUAGGAUCAUACGAAUUGCUGUCUAGCCUUAGUCAAUAAACCUGUAGGACUUUUAAACAAACGUGUGUACCUGUAAACGUCCUGCAUCCAGCAUUGUUGAGAUGUCAUCAACAUCCUUGUGUCUGUUUUACUGUUACGGUAUUAGGUAAAUAUGGAAGUGAAUGCAUUCCACAGGAUCAUAAUUUUUAAAAGAGGAAUUCUGGUUCUGUUUUCUAAAGAAAUGUUGUAGAAAUUCUUAAUUUGGUUCUAUUUAUUAGUAAGAGUUUCAGCUUUCUUCGGCUGCCAGUGUGUUACCCAUCUUUACCAUAAAACCUGGAAUAAGAGAUUUUUGUUUGUUCACAUAUGAUCCUCUUAGACUCUUUUAUAUUUGAAAAAUUAAAAUCUUUCUUUGGGGGAAAUUCUUGGUUAUUCUGCCAUAACAGAUUAUGUAUUAACUUGUAGAUUCAGUGGUUCGAUACCUGUUUAGUCACUUGCUUAUGUUUCCAGAAGGAUUUCUUGUAUUGGUGAAUAUAAAGAUGGUUGGGGAGGGGGGAUAUUUUUGUUCUUGAUGUACCCUGUUUUGAAACUAGAAAUCUGUC